GCUUGUCUUAACUUCCCCAGAAUUCACUUUUACAUCUGUUGGUUUUUGUUUGUUUCCAUGGAAACUAACUUAACAAAUUCCUCAGGAAAAUUCAUUUAAUUUUCCAUCAUGAGGUAAUGAAUAGAGAAAGAGUGAAAUAAAAUUUUGUAAAUCAUGGCGACGCUAUUGAGAAAGGUGUGGGAAUCGGUGUCAAACCGGGCCAGUUCUUGUUCGAGUCCCAGCAUUGACUCGGCGGAUCGACGGAGUUAUUCCGUGUUAUCUUCGCUUGGAGAUUUUGACCGAAUACCAUUAGAUGUAGUGAUGUAUAUUUUGAGAUUGGUUGGGCCAAAGGACGCAGCUAGAUUGAGCGUAGUUUGUGAGUCUUGGAGGUCACUCGUAUCUGAUAAUCGUCUCUGGAUUUACUUUCUCCAGAACUACUGUGAUUCUUCGGACUCUGUUUUCUUCGCGGAAACCAAUCUCCGGUAUCCUUUCCAGGCAUAUAGUGGUCAAAUCACUACGGAGUUGUCAUUUAUGCGUAUAUAUGGCGAGCGUGAACAAGUCCCAGGUUGUAUCAUUAUUGAUGGUGGUUCGGGCUAUUGCAAGUUUGGUUGGAGCAAAUAUGCUUGUCCUUCUGGGCGUGCAGCAACAUUUUUGGAAUUUGGUAAUAUUGAAUCUCCAAUGUACUCCAGGCUCCGGCAUUUUUUCGCUACUAUUUAUGGCAGGAUGCAGGUAAAAGCAUCAACACAGCCAAUUCUUGUGUCCCUUCCAAUUUGCCAUUAUGAUGAUACUGAAUCUGCCAAAGCAUCAAGACGGCAGCUAAAAGAAGCCAUGUACACAGCUCUGUUUGACAUGAAUGCUCCAGCUGUUUGUGCUAUUAAUCAGGCAACAUUAGCAUUGUAUGCUGCUAGGCGAACUUCAGGAAUUGCUGUUAAUAUUGGUUUCCAAGUCACAUCUAUUGUUCCAAUUUUAAAUGGUAAAGUAAUGCGCAAGAUAGGUGUGGAAGUUAUUGGUCUUGGAGCAUUAAAGGUUACAGGAUUUCUUAGAGAACAGAUGCAGCAGAAUAAUAUCAAUUUUGAAUCACUGUACACUGUUCGUACACUGAAAGAGAACCUUUGUUAUGUUGCUGCUGAUUAUGAGGCUGAGUUAUCUAGAGACACACAAGCAUCAUUAGAAGUUCAAGGAGAAGGAUGGUUUACCCUUUCAAAAGAACGCUUUAAAACAGGGGAGAUCUUAUUCCAGCCACGUAUUGCGGGAGUUCGUACAAUGGGUUUGCACCAGGCAGUAGCACUUUGCAUGGACCACUGUCAUGCAGCAGAGUUGACUGGUGAUGAUUCUUGGUUUAAGACUGUGGUAUUGUCCGGAGGGACCGCAUGUUUACCCGGACUAGCAGAGAGGCUAGAGAAGGAACUGCGUGAGCUUCUUCCUGCAUCCAUUAGCAAUGGAAUAAGAGUCAUUCCUCCUCCAUAUGGUGCAGACACUACAUGGUUUGGAGGAAAGCUUAUCAGCAAUUUGAGCACCUUCCCUGGACCAUGGUGUGUGACAAAGAAGCAAUUUAAGCGGAAAUCAAGAUUCAAUCUGGCAUGGUAAAUACAAGCUCUUGCCCAGAAUUCCAUAUGGUAAAAAUUUAUGAAAUUAUAUAUUUAUUUGUUUUAAAAAAAAUUUUUUUCCUAUUUUAUUGAACUGUAUUGUGAACGUUUGGGCUUACAUUCAUUAGAUUAUUUGUAACAAAGUUCAUGUAAUAUUGGUGUAUAAAUUCCCCUGAUAUAAACUUAAAUUGAAUAUAUUGUAAUCAAUUAUAGUUAAAAGCUGUGAACUUGCCGAUUUUCUGGACAAAGUUGGCAAUAUUCAUAACUUUUCCAGUUUUAUCCUCUC